GUCCGCACCCGCACCCGCUCCCAUCCCCUUUCCUCCGCAUAUCUGCCAUGGCGCUCCCCGGCCUGACCCUCCGCUCCUUGUUUGCCUCCUUCCAACAUCACCCCACCACGGCCGCCGCCACCAACGGAGCUUCCCUCUCCCCUUCUCCAUCUCUUCCAUCCCCUUCCCAUCUCCAACCGUCCAUCCGUUUCAAGCCUAAAAGUAAUUUCUGUUCCGCUGGAAGACUCAGGUCGUCCUCUUCAGCAGUCCCUGCCGCGCUCGCACAAAGUACCAAACCCAUCAAACUCACGUAUCUGGAGGGCAACAGCUGGUUGUGGGAGUUGGGCGGGGUCAACAUCUUGGUGGACCCGAUUCUCGUGGGCAACUUGGACUUCGGUCAACCUUGGCUUUUUGAUGGAGCUAAGAAGAUCCUGAAGAACUUUAAGCUGCAGGACCUUCCCGACCUUGAUUGCUUGCUGAUCACGCAGAGCCUGGACGACCACUGCCAUGUCAAGACCCUGACACCCCUCUCGAAGAUGCUUCCUGGCUUGCCCGUCAUCUCCACUCCUAAUGCAGAGGCCAUCCUGAGCAAGCUAUUUAAGAAUGUUACAUAUUUAGAACCUGGUCAAAGCAUUGAUGUGGAAGUGAAAGAUAGAGGUAUGGUCAAUGUCUGUGCAACUGCAGGUCCAAUAUUAGGGCCUCCUUGGCAGAGACCGGAAAACGGGUACAUAGUUGAAUCUGGCCAAAGUCAUUUAACUGUAUACUAUGAGCCGCACUGUGUAUACAACCAUUCCUUUCUACAAAAUUACCAGGCUGAUAUAGUCAUCACACCAGUCAUCAAACAAAUGCUUCCUGCUUUCACUUUGGUCUCAGGACAAGAAGAUGCAGUGCAGCUUGCUAAGUUGUUGAAAGCCAAGUACAUUGUUCCAAUGAAAAAUGGUGAUCUGGAUACUAAAGGAAUUAUCACAAGUAUACUCUAUGAUGUGGGUACAACAGAAUCUUUCAAGGAAUUGCUGUCAAGGGAGCUACCAAAUGUCCGAGUGUUGGAGCCUACCCCCGGUAUCCCUCUCGAGAUACCUGUGGCUUCGGUUGUCUCAUAGUGUAGAAGGAACUUACAACGACAUCAUCCGAUGUUUUCAGAGCGUCGAUCCAAUCCUAAUUCAAAGAAAUAUGGGAAUUCAAAUUCCAGUUACGAGUAACGGAGAACAGAUGACCGGUCUUAUGACAAGAAGCUGGAUAUUGAAUGUGAAAUAUAUAAUUUGACCAUCAUUAAUUGCAUCAUGAUAUGUU